AGGGAGGGAGGGAGGGAGGGAGGGCAGGCAGGCAGGCGGACGAGUCGGCCGGACGGCCGCAAAGGCGGAGGGCUGAGGCGGCUCUGAGGCGCUCCCGCUGCCCCGCGGCUGGCUCGACUCGGCGAGCGAGGGUGAUCGUCGUCGGUGACGCCUUCCGAGGCGAAGCGAGGACUCUUCCCACAAGCUCAGAAUACAGAGGCAGAAGGAAGCUUUGAGUGGACAGCGAUUAAUGAUACAAUGAAGGCCUGGAGUGAUAGCCAGUCAGACCUUUACAGCAGUGACCUAGAAGAAGAGGAAGAAAUGAUUUUUGGAGAAAACGAAGAAGACUUGGAAGAGAUGAUGGAUUUAAGCGAUCUUCCUACCUCACUCUUUGCUUGCAGUGUUCAUGAAGCAGUAUUUGAAGUUCAGGAGCAAAAGGAAAGAUUUGAAGCACUUUUCAUAAUAUACGAUGCUCAUGUUACAUUCCAGUUAUUUAAAAGCUUCCGAAGGGUAAGGAUAAACUUCAGCAAUCCAGAAGCAGCAGCAAGAGCGCGGAUAGAACUCCAUGAGACAGACUUCAAUGGGAAAAAACUGAAGCUAUAUUUUGCCCAGGUUCAGGUGCCCAGUGAAGUGGGAGACAAAGCUUACCUUUUGCCCCCCCAACCUGUCAAACAGUUCCUGAUAUCUCCACCUGCAUCCCCACCAGUAGGAUGGAAGCAGAGUGAAGAUGCUACUCCUAUGAUAAACUAUGACUUGCUUUGUGCUGUUUCAAAACUGGGGCCUGGAGAAAAGUACGAGCUUCAUGCUGGAACCGAAUCCACUCCCAGUGUCGUGGUCCAUGUGUGUGAAAGUGAAACUGAAGAGGACGAUGAAGUGAGAAGUCCCAAGCAGAAGAUAGUGCAGACCAGGCGCCCAGACCCACCACCCACCUUAAUAAGUGAAACAAAAACUCUUGAAUGUAUGCUGGAAGUAGGAGGUGGGAUGCACUACUGAUUUGAGGCUAUUUAAUCAUGGCAGUGGGUGAUCACUCACAUUUGCAUUGCUGCAUCCUGCAUAGCAGCAACAGACUCCUCUUGCAGUCAUCUCGCAUCAAGAAGACAUUUUGAAGAGCACUUUAAUUUUUAAGGUCAACUUCCAAGAUGUAGCAAAUCCACUAGGCUGCCAAUCCUAGGAGAGUGCCAUUUCUGGAAUCUGUGUUACCAUCCUCUUGGUGUUUGUAAGGCCAAAAGGAACUUGGCUGCUGCCAUCUAUAUAUGGGCUACCACAUGGUUUUGUAUGUGAGUCUCUCAUGCAUAUUUUUGUGUGCUGAUGUGUAACAUGCAUCUGAAUCACUUGAUGUUCUAAGUAAUAUAGUGACAAAAUAUAAAUGUAAUGUACAAUGUACAUUGUUAUCAGUAGGAGAAUCUCAAACUGUUUUGGGGUGAUAGAAUCAAAUAUUUGAUCAGGUUUGUUUUGUGGUUUCUGGGUUUUUGCUUUUCUUACAAGUGCCAUAGUUGUGUGUGUUGAAUGUCAAGGUAUUUUUGUGAGUUGAUGUAAGGCAAAACAAAUUGGGAGUUGUAAUAGUUCUUUUCUGCCCACUGCAACUAGGGAAAUUAAAAAAUUGAAAGGCCUACAAGGAUAUAGUAGAGAAUGGAUUAAUUACCGUUAGGGCACAUUUUCUUAACCUGUCUUUUGCCACCUGCUGUGGUUAUGUCUAACACGGGAUAUUUCCAAAGCAGGGAGUGUCUUCUUCAAUAGUCCUGUGUACCACUUACGCAGCUUGUUCCGUCGCCUGUUUUACAGAAUAUUCUGGUUGGCCAAGCAAGUAUAGCCCUCCCACUGUUCAUUCUUCUGACCCUUUAACUGUUUCCCAUUUGUGAGAAAACCCCAAUUUAUCAUUUCUGGGCUCAGGUCACACAUGCUGUGCCAAGAUUUUCAGCCAUGGUUUGUCCUACAAGCCAUAGUAACCUGGUUUAUUGAUAAAGCUAAGCCAAAAGCAAACCAGCUGCAUUAUGUCUUAUGCAAUAUGUGAAUCAGCCUGUUGUCUUAUAGAGAAUGCAAAUCAACAUUUCCCAGUGAGCUUAUGGUUGAAUUGCUUAUUUAUUGCCUGAUUUCUUUUCCUCCCUGGCAUCAAACCAUCUAGCUUCAUUAUUUCUCAGGAAGGAAGGAAGAGGUGCACCAAGAUAAUUUGCAUUCUGCUGUGCAGGAAGAAGGCUGACGAUUCAGCUGCAGAGACUUGAGAAAUAAGGUUCGACAAGUUGUGUGAAUUGUUCUUUAUGCCUGCCUUUCUCUUCUCAAUGUCUUUCUGCAAAAUAGCACCUUUAUUCAAUUAUUUCUGUAAUACUACAUGUCUGAAAGUGAAUACCUUUUUAUGGCUGAAAUAAAUGGAAAAACAGAUA